CAACAUCGGAUCCAAAUUCCCUUUUCGACCUUGCCCUUCCUUGUUGCAGCAUGACUGUGUCCAUCAAAAAGCCCUGACCAUUAUAAGCAUUCGAUCUCGGCUCAAACACAUUCAAAUCCAGACACACACGCGACUCCCCUGGAACGGUUGGCUUACUUGAAUUGUGUCCCUACCAACUCGGUUGGGAUCACUCUCCUAAUACAUAUCCUGGAACCUUACUGCCACACAGCCGCACACCACCAAUUCGCCUCGGGAAUAGCAUGGCGUUGCCUUUCUGCAUCACACAUAUCUCGGGCUUCGAUUGUCUUGAAACGUUCUGCCUCACGGCUCGCCCUUCUCUCAAUCUCGCUAUUUGUCCUGUGACAUUCAGCUACCCGGGUGCUCCCUAGUCAUUUUUUUCCCUCUCAGUUGCGGAGGCGCGUUCGCAUGAGACCAAUAAUUUUAUCCUGUAUACUGCAUGUGUACCCAAACUGCCCAAUUUCAAUUCGUCUGAUAAUAACGGACUUCUCUUUUGUUGAAAUUUGGCACAGCGACUCGGAGCUCCUCGAAACAGUGCUCAAUACCAGCGAAGACUCGGUCGUUACAAGGACUAUACGGAAGUUGCCAGCCAGAUUUGUGGCGCCAUUGAUUCAGGAAUCUGUAUCCCGUCUAAAUCGUGGUAUAGGUUCGGUGGGCUUCAAGUUCUCAAAAGGAUCAGGAAUAGAUGCAGAGAGAGGCGGUGUGCUGAUAAAGUGGUUGCGUGCAACCCUCAUAGUACACGCAUCAUACCUCCUAACUGACCCACAACUUGUGAAACGGCUAGCCAAACUUCACACUACAAUUGCAUCCCGUAUUGCUUUCCAAGAUCGCCUGCUGGCAUUACAUGGCCGUCUUGACCUCCUUCUCGCGCAGAUCGAAAUGCGCUCACGAAAUAGCGAGUCCGCACUCGUUUCCGCCGCUGCACUCACCAAGAAAGUGGUAGACGAGCAAAGGGAAAGAUGGGCCCAGGAAGGCGAAGCUCAACGUGCUCGGAGAGAAGUUGCGGUUUCCAAGUAUGUUGGAGGCGAGAGUGAUGAAGAGGCUGAAGAGGACAUGGAUGUUGAGAUGGAUGAGAACGAAGGAAGCAUCGAAGAUGUUCAGCUCGGUGAGGAGUGCAGGAGAGUCAGGUUCAGAUGAUGAAGGGAACGACGAGGAUGAAGAUGAGGAUGAGGACGAGGACGAGGACGACGAGGACGGAGAAGAGGACGAGGGCGGAGGAGACGAUCAAGAGGAUGAUGGGGACGAAUUGAUGGAUGAGGUUGAAGAUGAUUAAUAAGGUAUUGUCAAGCGGGACGACGGUAAAGACGAAGUUGAUCAACUACAGUUGAUACUCAUAUUGUUGCUUGCUUUCAUUUACGCACUCUGAUACCAAAACGAAGUUCUCGACAUUCGGAAACAUUAUAAUACAACCGUGUGGGACAGGGGAUAAAGUGAUGACUAUUACGUUUUGG